AUGACCGAUCUUGGAAAUCUCCAACGGCAAAGCGGACUCCCAAGUCCUACUUUUGACAUGACGAACAGUCACAACGAGACCAUGGAAGAGACAGGAAUUACACAGCACACAAAACACGAACAAGAUCAAAUCGAUCACUGGCUGGCAUCGUGUAGCCUAUUGUCACCAAAUACAACCAUUGAUAUGGCGAACCUGAAGAGUGGAGACUUCACUGGGCCAUGGCAAGAGUUAGGGAAAGAUACUACGUACUUCGACCCGGCUGAAGACAGUGGUGACGAUGGUGUCAGUUCCCAGGAGACACAGCUUGACUUCGAAAUGAAUGACACCAACGAGAUCAUGGACGAUUCGUCGUCAACGCCAGGACUUUCAUCAUCAAGUCUUGACCUCUUGCUUGACGAGAAUUUCCCAUCAAAUCUUAUGAUUCCACCAGUCGAUGCACCAACCUCGGCCAAGAUGCAGCCCAGCCUCAAAUCAACGCCAGUGGCUUACAAUAUGUCAGCACCAGCGACAAGCCCUCUGACUGCAUUACUAGAGGGUUCUGAUACUACGGUUAAAAAGAAGAGUGAGUGCAGGUGCUUGAGGCUCGCCGCGCAUUUGCUCGAGCAGCUUGGCAACGAAGGCGCCAACACGGAAUCUGCUACUAUGGACGUUCUUCUCAAUUGCUGUAGGGAAGCGAUCAAAGGCUGCGACUCAAUCCUGAGUUGCACUUUAUGCAAGUCACGGUCAGAGAGCAUGAUGCUACUUGCUAUGGCUGGGCAAUACCUGAGCAACAUCUGCGAAAAGACAGUUCGCUCCUACGUUGAUGUUGUUCGGAAACUGCAGUCGGGGAACUCUCAGCUUACAGGAGACUCAAUGUGGUUCCAAUCAUACAAAAUCGAGAGCCCAGUCGAGAGAAACCAGGUUCUGAAGUGUCUCGUUACCGGACAACUCACCGAAUUUUGCCUGCUCAUUGGAAAGAUCAAGGCUAGGGUGGGAACGAGGAAAGCGCACUUGGCGCCGUUGUUGGGUGCAGAGAGGAAGAUUCAGUGUAGCAAACUUGAUCCUGAAUCGGAUGGCUUAGUUACCUACCUCAGUAUUUCCCACUCAAGGCAGAAAUAUUUCGGAAGUCUACCGGCAGAGGCAAGGUCAUCCCCACAGAGGGUUGAGUCUCCUGAGGUUUUGCGUCCAACUUUCUCCGACACAUCUGGCCUGGCUCAGAGUUUAAACGAGGACAAGGGUCUGAACUGUGUUCAAAUGCCCCAAGCGGAUGGUAAAGUUCGUGUCUGCAGAGUUCAACAUGGAGGCCAGCCGCGGAAUUAG